CAGUCUUCAAACAAUACCUCAGAGUCUAAUCUCAUCUCGGUUCAAAGUCUCUCGAAUACAUUUUCAUCGCAGUUCAACAGCUAUUCAAGAUGAAGUCCCUCACUCUUGCCGCAAACCUCCUUUUGGUGGCCAGUGCCGCCAUGGCAACUCCUCUUGCCGCUCGCAAGCAGGCUGCUAUGGAUGCUCUCCGCGCCAGGAAUGCUGCUCGUCGCUCCAACAAGUUCCAAGCCAGCUCCUCCACCCACGUCAACAGCACUGCCGAUGUCGAGUCUACGAACUGGGCUGGCGCCGCUCUCACAACAUCAGGCAUUACUGAGGUCACCGGUACCUUCACGGUCCCCAAGCCCACUGUCCCAUCUGGCGGCAGUUCCAGCACCGAAUACUGCGGUGCUGCUUGGGUUGGAAUUGACGGUUACUCUGAUGCCGAUCUCAUCCAGACUGGCGUCCUCUGGUGUGUCCAAAGCGGCGAAUACCUGUACGAGGCUUGGUAUGAGUACCUCCCCGCCUCGUUGAUCGCAUACUCGGGCAUUACUGUGACCGCCGGAUCGGUUGUUACCGUUACUGCCACCAAGACCGGCAACAACAGCGGAACCACGACGUUGACAAGCGGUGGAAAGACUGUGUCUCACACCUUCUCCAACCAAAACUCGCCCCUGCCCGGUACCAGCGCUGAGUGGAUUGUUGAGGACUUUACCUCUGGCAGCUCAUUGGUUCCUUUUGCAGACUUUGGAUCCGUUACCUUCACGGGAUCAAGCGCUCUUGUUAACGGACAAACUGUUACACCAGGCAGCGGAUCCUCGACCAUUAUUGACCUGGAAAACUCAAGGGGCCAGAUCAUUACAUCAACAUCCAUCUCUGGCGGCUCGGUUACCGUCAACUACGAGUAAACGUCAGGACCAAGCUAAAUUUGGCAAUUUUUUGCAGGGGGAAUAUUGCACGCUGGUCGGGGAGACGGAUUGGAAGAGCAUGGGCUCUAGAUAUGCCUUUUCAGAAGCAAUAACAUUAAGCUGCAAUUUCUAUCUUGAGAUCAAGUGUGUGAACCUUAAUGAUGGGAUGCAAAGACAAGUUGUUGUCUCUGAGUACAACCCAUUUGACUUUG